CGAGGGAGGCUGAAAGAUAGAGAAAGAGAGAGAGGGAGGGAGAGAGGGGGGGGGAGGACAGGAAAGAAGGACGGCAGAAAGACAGGAAAAUCCAUUAGUGUAUGUAAAAAGAGACAAGUAGAGAGGGAAAGAGAAGAAGUCUUCUUUUUUUUUUGUCCUUUGAUGACAACACGAGCAAAAUCAUGGCUGUGAACAAUAAUACGAAUCUCUUUAUGGAAAUUCUUCAGUCUUUUGAUGCUGUCCCCCUGGUCAUAGCUUUCAGCGUUUCCGUGGCAGUGGGCCUGGUUUUGGGGGCCGUGGUCUACGUGAUCCUGACGUGGUUUUCCCGGCGCAGAGCAGGCUCGGCCCGCAUCACCCGCUGCCCCCAUCCCCGCCAACCUGGCACCUCGCCCCGAAACCACCCGGCCUUCAACCGCGGCAGCAGCGGCAGCAGCGGCAACAGCAACCACGACCGGCGGAGCAACAACAGCCUGGUCAGCGCCGCGUUCACCUUCCACCGUCAGACCUCCAUCCCGGACCCUCUGGACCCGCUGGGGCACAAGUCGAGCUUCAGGGGGUCCACCUUCCACCCUCUCCUCCACUGCAGCCAGAUAGCCAGGGAGGCUGAAGCAGGCAGCCAGACGUCGCUCCCUCGCACGCCUAUGCUGACGAACUCCGCCGGCUCACCUCACGCGGCCGCAACCCGCCCCAGACCCCAAUCCUUCUGGGGAGAGAGCGUUCGGGGUAUCCAGGCUACACAAACCCCUCCUCCUGCUUAUGAGAGCAUUAUUAGGGCCUAUCAGGAGACGCAUACAUAGGACAAGAGGAUCUGACGGCUCUCUGGAACUUUGACAAUUUGUUUCUAAAGCUACAUUUGAUUUGUAUGAGCACAAAACGCUGCAUGGAAGGGACCAUUCAUGCGAAAUUAUUUUAAAUUCUAUAUAAGAUGUCUUUGACAUAAAAUAAUAUUCAUUUGACAUUAAUAAAAAAUGAAAAUGUUUACAUGUACAAAAUAUUUGCCAUAGGAGGCCCAAGCCCAUGAAUGAUCAGAAACAUGGUUGCCGCGUGUUUAUGUAAUAGUAUUUAAUAAACUGUUUUGCCAUUUUUGAUCAUUUGAAUGUUUACACACACAAAAAAAAAAAAAAAAAAACUGUAAGGAAGACAUACUUUUCUUUGGAUUUAUAGUCAUUAAAACUUUCAAAAUGUCCUCCAAAACGAUAAAUGGCCAGAGGCGCUCAUAAUACAGUAUAUAUGUGUAAUAUGUGACUGUUAAUAACUUUAAGUUAAUGUCAUAAAUGUAUGCAACAAACGUAAAUGACAACAGAGUUUGCUUUGAAUUGACACGCCUACCGACAGCGCGUCAGAAUAAACUUUUAUAUUUUUCUGCUGAGAUCUUCAAACUAGACCUGUGGCUUAUAAACAUAUAUUUACUAAUCAUAUAUCACAUCUAUUUAUAUACAUCUCAUUUCCAGCUCGUCACUGAAUAACUACACGAAUUCACGUGGAACCAAGCCCAUGAAUGAUCAGAAACAUGGCUACUGUGUGUUUAUGUAAUGGUAUUUAAUAAACUGUUUUGCCACUUUUGAUCAUGUUGAGAAAAAAAAAAAUUGAGAAAAAAAACUGCAAGGAAGACAUACAUUUCUUUGGAUUUAUAGUUAUUAAAAUUUUCAAAAUGUCCUCUAAAACAAUAAAUAGCUAUGAGUGCCAGAGGCGCUCAUAAUACAGUAUAUAUGUGUAAUAUGUGACUGUUAAUAACUUUAAGUUAAUGUAAUAAAUGUAUGCAACGAACGCACAUGACAACCGAGUCUGCUUUGCCUACCGACAUCGCGUCAAAAUAAAC